AUGGAACCAAUUAUCAUUAAAAGUUCAUCAAUUUCUAUUUCACCCCAAAAAAUGAAUCUAGUGGCCGGAAUAAUUCGCAGAAAAGAUUUAGAUUAUUCUUUAAAAACACUGGAAUUUUUGCCAAAAAAAGGGGGACGAAUACUUCAUAAGUUAUUGCAAGGAGCGGCUAAAAAUUUGGAAAAAAGUCAAGAAAGUUUAAGUAAUUUUUACCUUAGUAAGAUUGAAGUAAACCAAGGAAAAACCCAAAAAAGAGCAAUAUAUCGAGCCAAGGGUCGAACUAAUCGGAUUAGAAAAAGAAGCAGUUUAAUUAAUUUAUAUCUAAGUAAGAAAGAGGUGGUCGCCAAGAAGUAUAAUUUAAAUCGAUUUAAACUAAAAUUGGUUCCACCUGGACAAAAAUUCUGUGGUAAUUAUGAUUAUGCGGGAAAAGGAGGUUGUAGAGAAGCAGAAGAAAUAGGAAAGCCAGCCCGCCAGCGAGCCGAAGUCCAAGCUCAAGAUUAUUGA